UCAUUUCCCACUGCAUCACUCUCAACUCUUAACAUAGCACUCUCCGUUGUUACAGAUUAGGCCAAACCUGAGCCCCUAUUUCUCUCUCUCUCUCUCUCUCUCUGCGUAUAAGUGCCAAUCAGGUGUAACAAAAACUGGACAUUGGAUGCUGCUGAACAGUAGUGACGCUUUGAAUGUCUGAUAUUUCCUGUGCAAUAUUCUAGUCAUUGCUGCAGGCAUCCAAAUGACAAGUGUAUCAAGGUGGUCUACUAAUGUACAUGGUUCGUGGUUUUCCUUGCAUUCAAAAAAGUUGGUUUGUGAAGAUACCCACAGAUUUUCAUUUAGUGUGGUCGUUCAUACUACAAGGAAAGGAUUCCAAAGUUUAAGUAUUCUGCAUGAUGCUUCUAUGGGGAAACAUCCCACAUGCCAUCCAUCAUGGAGAAUAUCUGCAAUGACUAUUAGUCUCCAUGACAAACUUUCAUCGUCACCUCAAGAAGAUGAAUCAAGCAUUAGUAGUGACGUUGCUCCCCUGGAUGCACCGAAGAAGAUACUUUCACAAAAUCUAGCUAGUGGAAAGCUAAUUUCACUGGUGGCUGAUUCUGAAAGAUCGAAGCUUCUCAAGAAACUAAGUGAAGCUAAUCAACACAAUAGGUUCCUCAAACGUCAGUUGCAGAUAAAGGAUGAUGCUUUAGUAGAAUUUAAGAGCGAUGUUGCUGUCAUGGAACUGGAAAUUCAGGCAUUGGUCGUGCUGGCAGAAGAAAUAGCUAAGACUGGAAUUCCUCCAGGUUCAAGAAAGAUAAAUGGAAAAUACAUUCAUUCUCAACUCAUUUCCAGAUUAGAAGGUGUACACAGAAAGUUGAAGGAACAGUUAAAGGAUGUGGAGGUAGUACAAUCCAAGGAAGUUCACUUACAUUGGAAUGGCAUGGCUGAGACUGUUCAAGUAAUGGGAUCAUUUGACGGUUGGAGUCGAGGAGAGAAUUUAUCACCUGAAUAUACUGGUUCUUAUACUCAAUUCUCAGCAACGUUAAUGCUCAGACCGGGAAGAUACGAAGUCAAAUUCUUAGUAGACGGAUAGUGGAGGCUAUCCGCGGAGCUCCCAACCACAGGCGAAGGGAUGAUCGAAAAUAACUUGUUAAUAGUAGAAUGAACAUGUUCCAGCACCAAGUAAAGAAACAUAAUUCUUUUUUAACUAGAGCAACUUAUCAGUACAAUUACACAAAUUACUUGUUUCUCUCACUCUAGGCCUUUGCAGAAUUGCAUCUUCAUAAUAGGAUUUGAUGUGUACUUGCACAUAUCAAGAACUUGUAAUAAAGGGUUGGACAUUAACCUUAAUCAUUGAUCUCCACUUUUCUAUAAAAAGGGUUAUAAAUUUCUUGUAUAAAUCAAAAUAUAAGAGAACAGAGUUUAUACAACUAAAGAAAUGAUGAAUGUAUCAUCUCUUCUCU